CGAGUGAGGAAAAGGAAGGAGCGCCAAUGGAGGAUGUUCGUAGAUUCAGUUCAAUGCUUCUUUAGGAGAGGACUUCUCUCUCUCCAUUCUUCCUUCGCUUUUCAAGCUUUUUUGUUCUUGAAAACAACAGAGCAGUUUAGCGAAGAAGAAGAGCGCGUCUGGUUUUUUACCUCUAGGUUUUUGUUUCAGAGCUUCAGAUAAACACUAGCAUUCCUUUUCUUGAUCGAAACAGACCUUUCCAGACAUUUUGCGAAAGGGCCGAUAAAGCUCAUUCAAUGGCGACCACGAACGGUAACCUACACCAUCGGCACGCUGAUUGCGGGUCCCCAAGCUCAUGCGGCCGUGCUUGGCACCUAAGGCGGAAAAUGCCUAAAUCAACUGGGGAAAACAAUCGAGUUCGUUCACGGAAUCCGAACAUCUUUUGGCCUUUAACAACCGUCGCGAUCGUCCUCCAUCUCGUCGCAGUUUUCGUUGUUUUUUUUCUCUGCAAGGAUGUAUUUGGUGUUGCAAACUGGAGCAAAUUUCUCUUCCCGGCGAGCUAUUGUACCGGAAAUGAGCAGAGAUUAGAGAUUUCAGCGGUGGUCGAGGAGGAGAUUAGUGUUAGCUCUACAAGCGGCUCGAUUCCAAAUUCCAUGGAUUCUAUCAUUAAUCUUGACCACGGAGAUCCGACGAUGUAUGAGAAGUUCUGGAAGCAAGCAGGCAAUGCGGCGGAGCUGAUCAUUCCUGGAGCUCAAACAAUGAGCUAUUUCUCUGAUGUGACAAAUCUCUGCUGGUUUCUCGAGCCGCUGUUUGCGACUGAGGUCAGGAGACUUCACCGCCUUGUUGGCAAUGCUGUAAUCGGUCCCGAUAGCUAUAUAAUUGUCGGCACCGGCUCUUCACAGCUCUUUCAAGCUGCCCUGUUUGCCCUCUCCACGUCUCCUGAAGUAUUCGGCGGCGGCGGCGGCCGGCCGCUUCCUGUUGUCUCCUCUGUACCAUACUACUCGUCUUACCCUGCAGCCACCGACCUCCUCCAAUCCGCUCUCUUCCGUUGGGCCGGCGAUGUCAGUUCUCUUGAAAAAGAUGACGACGACCCUUACAUCGAAGUCGUGUGCUCUCCAAGCAACCCCGACGGCCUCAUCAAGGCUGCCUCAAUCCGCUCUAGCAAUCAAAACGUGAUCCAUGACCUCGCAUACUACUGGCCUCAGUACACCGCCAUCACCGCUCCGGCGAACCACAACCUCAUGCUUUUCACCGCUUCAAAGUGCACUGGGCAUGCCGGAAUGCGGCUCGGUUGGGCCAUUGUGAAGAACAAAGAUGUCGCAAAGAGGAUGAUGAAGUUCAUAGAAAUCAGCACGAUCGGAGUGUCAAAAGACUCUCAAUUGAGAGCGGCGAAGAUUCUGAAGACGGUCUCUGAUCAUUAUGAGCUUGAAGCGGUGGAAGAUUUCACCAAAUUGUUUCAUUUUGGAGGGAAGACGAUGAGAGAUCGAUGGGAGAAACUUCGAGCCGCUGUUGCGGCCUCUGAUGCUUUCAGCUUGCCGGUGUUCCAGCCAGAGUACUGCAACUUCAUGAAGGAGAACACCUUGCCUUCUCCUGCUUUCGCGUGGUUGAAGUGCGAGCGAGACAUCGAUGAUUGCGAGAAUUUUCUUCGACAAAACCAUAAGAUUUUGACUCGAAGUGGGAAGCAUUUUGGCGCGGAUGCAAAGCAUGUGAGGGUUAGCAUGUUGGAUCGUGUCGAGACUUUUGAUAUGUUCAUCGAACGGCUAUUGUCGAUCGAUCUAUGAGGGGAUUCUGUUCUACUGAUGGCUGAUUUAUAUAGCCUUCUGUUUUAAGUGGAAGGUUGGUGGUUUUUGUAAUUUUGCUAUUUUGAUGGGUAUGAUUAAUGAUGUUUAUGUGUAUUAUGGUGUUUUGUUGACAUGGAAGAUCUCUUUCCAAUUUAGUUUUUGAAUGGGAAAAUUAGUGCAAAAAUAUUUAAGUUUGAUG